AAUUGUAAUGUACUCGUAUAUUAUUAACUAAUAAAUAUUAAAUUAACUAGAGUUAAACCCGUCUUGAAUAUCUUUGCUUAUAAUGUGUCUUCUGCGAAUGAGACUGAGACAAUCGGAAGCGAACAUCAUACAUCGCUAUUCGACAAAAAAUAAAAAUUACUAAUUUACAUGAAAUACAUUUUUUUCGUGAGUGGCUUUUUUUCUAUUAUGGGUUUUUUGAAAUAUCAAAAAACCAUUAUUGACGUUGUCUUUGUGACCUUUUCGACACUACUAGUAAAAUCAGACGAAAACAACAUCUUCCAGGGCAUAGAAAGUCGUCCUUUGCAGGAAAGUGUUAAAUUAAACAGUUUAAUACCAACUUUGAUUGAAAAAAAAAAUGUGAACCCAACUGAAAUCUUCCGGGAGACAUAUGACGGAAAUUGUUCGAACUGUAUCCUUACUCUAAAUAAGGCUGCAGAUGAAUUACUGCGCCAAGUUGGGAAUGAGGUGUACAUCAACUUAAAAGAUGCAUUGAAUGAGUACACUGAUUUAGCUUUUGAGCUAAUCAAAGCAAGUGCGAGUGAAGGCCGAGCAUUGGAAACGGUCGAUUUUGUGAAUUUUUUAUCGCUAAAAAAUUCCAAAGGUUACUGUGCUACAACUUUUUUGUACAGAACCAACGCGUAUGAAGAACCAUUGUUCAACUUGUAUUUGUUAUUUAGCGACUUGCAAAACGUUUUUAUUUCAUCCGUCGAUAAGCCGUACAACAAUGAAAAGCUGCUGCAAUUUCUUGAAAGGAAUACUAAGAAAUCCCAACGAGUUCUGGAGAUUGGCAAUUACAACAGUAUCAAAAGAUGUAUAACAAAAAGCCGACAAAUCAUAGACGAUAUAUCAUCUCCGUUUUGUAUCAUAUCACAAUCUUGGUUUCACCCUAAAUAUUUGAAGUGGAAAAACUUAAUGUACGGAAAAAAUGGAGAUCCAACUUUUGACCCCACCGUCAUUAAGUAUGCUACUGAAAAGCGGAAACAAGCACUCGGCGUUUCGGCGUUGCCAACAGAUUGGUACAACUCAAUUAGAUCUGAAUCCGAUGUAAAUGUACUGUUGGAAUUUAACAGCCAGAUUGUCGAAGGCGCAAUUCUAACAGUAGCCGAUCACGCUCUGCGUUUAUUAAAUUUUAUUACAAUGGCUUUGGAUGAUUUGGCAAAUAGUGUUCGUAAUGGCUCAAUUGAUCUACCUACAGACAAACAUAAUAAAAAACGGAUUGAUCGUAUGAUAGAAUCACUCUUCGAAUACUUGAAUAAAAUGCAAAUACUUUUUUUAUCGUUGUUUCAGCAACGGGGUAUAAAAAUUAGUGUGAAAGAAGAGCCAAUGUCUAUUAUAAUUACUUUAUAUCAAAAUUUUAUUUUCAAAAUCAGUAACUUUUACGAAGAACCGGAUCCAAUUGGAAUUAUUAGUCACACGAUCGAAUAUUUAAAGAGAAAAUGUCCAGAAACGUCUAACAAUCUAAAUAUGAAUAUUAAUAUAUUUAAAACCAAAGGUUCAGCUUGGGGUUCCUUAGAUCUUACUAUAUCAAUGUUUGUCCGAACUAUAUCGUGUAUGAAAUAUAUGUUCAAUUAGCUUGUUUGUCUCGAAAUACUUUAGUAGACUAAAAUAUACGUUAGAAACAAUAGUAAUGUAAAAGUAAUAGCAACAACAAAUUACAACACUUAAGCGAAAAACCAAAAAUAAUAUUGUUAAUAUGAAACGUGUAACGUUAAGUUGUAAGAAGAAUGGAAACAGUGUUAAUUGCUAUAUUCUUUUUAAAUACUUUGUAAAACGCAUUUAGGGAGCACAUAAAUCUUAGCAUGUGUCUUGUGAAUGCUAACU